CGGCUGAAAUGCUCCUGUUUCUGUUUUGAACAGAGCCAAAAACGACUGCUAAUUAACUCUCUCUCUAUCUGUCUCUCUCUCUCUCUCUCUCUUUCUCUCUCAAGAAGAAGAAGAAGAAGAAGAAGAAAGAGACCCACAAAACAACACCUAAACGAAUCGUCUAAAAGAAUCAAAUCAAAUAUAUAUGUAUAUAUAUAAUAAAUUCUCUGUCUCUCUAUGCUUCUCCAAUUUGUUUUCUUUUGCUUUGCCCUAGAUCUUGAACACCAUUUCAACCUCCUUCUUCUUCUCUUCUUCUUCUUCUUCUCUUCUUCUUCUUCUUCCACUUCUUAUUUUUAGAUUAGAUCUUUCAUUCCUCAGAAUACUCCAAUUAGAGAUCUGUCUUCUCAGGGUUUUCCUGAAUGAUCAAUUGAAGAAUUUUGGCUUGGCUGUUAAGUUCUUACUGCUUGUUUGCGAGAGAGUGGGCUACUUAAUAAUAGUAAAGACAUGCAUGACCUUGUGAUAAAGUACUGGUGUGCCUAUACUAAAUGAAGACUCAAGCGUGGCGUCUGGGCAUGGGUGAUGUGCAGACCUUGCCAGGGUCUCGCCACCGCCCUCCUUUGAAAAGGCCAAUAUGGAUUAUUGUCUUGGUUUCGAUGGUCAGCCUAUUUCUAGUUUGUGCUUAUGUCUAUCCACCCCAAAGCAGUGCUGCUUGUUAUGUGUUUUCUUCCAGAGGUUGCAAGGCUUUUACUGAUUGGCUUCCACCUGCUCCUGCAAGGGAAUAUACUGAUGAAGAAAUUGCUUCUCAGAUUGUGAUUAGGGAAAUUUUGAGUACACCUCCUAUUCAAACAAAACAUGCUAAAAUUGCUUUCAUGUUCUUGAGCCCUGGUACAUUACCUUUUGAGAAGCUAUGGGAAAAAUUUUUCCAGGGACAUGAAGGCAGAUUCUCUGUUUAUGUGCAUGCCUCCAAGGAAAAACCAGUUCAUGUGAGCCGUUACUUUGUUAAUCGGGACAUACACAGUGACCAGGUGGUGUGGGGAAAAAUUUCAAUGGUUGAUGCAGAGAGACGACUUUUAGGAAAUGCACUUAAAGAUCCUGACAACCAGCAUUUUGUUUUACUUUCUGAUAGUUGCGUGCCAUUGCAUAACUUUGAUUAUGUCUACAACUAUCUGAUGUACACAAAUAUAAGCUUCCUUGAUUGCUUUUAUGAUCCUGGACCACAUGGGAAUGGUCGGUAUUCAGAGCAUAUGUUGCCUGAAAUUGAGAAGAAAGACUUCAGAAAGGGUGCACAGUGGUUCUCAAUGAAGCGACAACAUGCUGUGAUUGUUAUGGCUGAUAGUCUUUACUAUUCUAAAUUCCGGGAGUACUGCAAGCCUGGUCUGGAAGGCAAAAAUUGCAUAGCUGAUGAACAUUAUUUGCCGACAUUUUUCCAUAUGGUUGACCCUGGUGGAAUUGCAAAUUGGUCUGUAACACAUGUUGAUUGGUCUGAGAGAAAGUGGCAUCCAAAAUCUUAUAGGGCUCAAGAUAUUACUUAUGAUCUUCUGAAGAAUAUUACGUCAAUUGACCUGAGUAUACAUGUGACAAGCGAUGACAGGAAGGAGGUGCAGGUACAGCCAUGCUUAUGGAAUGGUAUCCAACGACCGUGCUACUUAUUUGCGAGGAAAUUCUACCCAGGAACUAUUGAUAACCUCUUGCAGCUUUUCUCCAAUUAUACAACAAUUUGAGUGAGAUAAUUUUGACUAAAUUCUUUGGUCGAAUUGACAGUUCUUUUCGACCCACACCCCCCCAACCCCCCGGCCAAAAAAAAACUCCAUCUUGGUAUCUUCUUAUAUCUUAAAAAUUUGUAAAUGGUGCAUCAAUGAGGCGUGAAACGUUCCCUAGCACGGUUCUUGUGUGUGCAUGGGCAACCAGGAGAGCAGGCAGGUAGGGUUACUUAGUUGGCGUGGAGGCUAACAGCUUAGUGUUGCUUCCUUUAGAGGGGUGGAUGAUUUGUUGUCCAUUUAUUUCUCCAUUUAGGGCUAUUGAUGUUCCACUUUGGGUAUAGAAAAUUUUGUAAAAGUUGAAAAAUGUGGACUAGCAAAUACAACAACAUUUGAAAAUUAUCCAAAGCUGUGUAAAUUAGGGGGAAAAAAGAAUUGAGAUUGUAUAUUAACUUUUGGCCAGUUACCACUUCAAAUUCAAAUUUCUUUAGAUUUCCAUUGCA